AUGGCCCAAACACAUCAAGUCCAACAAGUUGAAAUGUCAUCAAAUCCUCAGGACCAACAAAAUACGGAAGUAACUACAAUUGCUCCAAACCAAACUUUAGAAGUGAACCAAAACCAAAGCCAAUCAAACAAAGAGGCAAACGAGACAAAAAAUGUGGAUGACCAACAAAACAAAACAAACACAAUGACUGGGGUACUGACACCAACACAACAAUCAGAAGUAGCAGAUACCCAACACCAAACUUCCAUGGAACCGAUUCUAAACAAUGACAAUCCAGUGACCGAUACUACUCAAAAUAGACCAGUAGAACCUACCGGACCCCAACCAAUGGAAACACAAGAUGACUCGGGCCCUAGUGGUCCAGCCCCUUUACCAGAAGAGGACUCUAUAAUGCAACAACAG